CAAACUACAAAGCAUUAACGUAAAUCAGCUGUAAACACUUGUGACUGUGAGUUAUGUGUAGAGUGGAAACGAAGUUCUGGUCAAUUUAAAGUCGGUACCGGAGAUAUCAAUAUAAAUAUAAAUUUCGAAUAAUCCCGAAUUGAUUCUAUUUCGUAUUGAAUGCAUUAAAUGCCGGCAAGCUUUUCUGUUUCCAAUUAAAAAAAUUCGUUAUGGUAUCGGCCGAUUGAAUAUUUUGUUCCUGUGUUGAUCAACUAUUGAGUUCUUUUGUCGAUCCGUGUUUUAAAAAGAGGAAAGUCGACGAUUAUGGAAUCUGAGCUUUAUGUUUUACAGGCGAGUUAAAUACUUGUGAAAAUCUAAUACAGUCUACAGCAUCGAGUUCCUGUCCAUUCCUCUCUCUUUCGAACCUAUUGUUUUUCUUCUCCCACGGUGGUCCGUCCACUCCCUAUUUUAAAUUAAUUAUGUCAAAAAACAAACUGAACUUGACUUUGCCACCUGGAAGCAUAGAAGCUGCACCACUCUCGCCGUCUAUGCCAGUCUUGACACCAAAAUCCGAGGCUUCAGAGCGAAGCACCUUGGUGGGGAAAACUAGUAUGGAAGUUCUUCAAGAGCGGUUAGAAGAACUGGACAUGGACGAUACUCAGAGGAAACGAAUGGAAUUCUUCUUGUGCCAAAAGGAAAAAAUUGGUGAACUGAGUGAUGAUGAUUUUGAAAAGUUGGGAGAACUCGGAGCCGGAAAUGGAGGUGUUGUGAUGAAAGUCAAACACAAAUCCAGCGGCCUUAUAAUGGCUAGAAAAUUAAUUCAUCUAGAAGUGAAGCCUGCUAUUAAAAAACAAAUAAUCCGAGAGCUUAAAGUCUUGCACGAAUGCAACUUUGCUCAUAUUGUAGGUUUUUAUGGAGCAUUUUACAGUGAUGGAGAAAUUAGUAUAUGCAUGGAAUACAUGGAUGGAGGCUCUUUGGACUUAAUAUUAAAAAAAGCUAGUCGAAUCCCUGAAUCAAUUUUAGGGACCAUUACUUCUGCUGUUUUAAAAGGAUUGAAUUAUCUUCGUGAUAAACACGCUAUCAUGCAUCGUGAUGUGAAGCCAAGUAACAUACUUGUGAACAGCCGUGGAGAAAUAAAAAUAUGUGAUUUCGGUGUAUCCGGACAAUUAAUAGAUUCUAUGGCCAAUUCAUUUGUCGGCACUAGGUCUUAUAUGUCGCCUGAAAGGCUUCAAGGGACCCACUAUUCUGUUCAAAGUGAUAUUUGGUCUCUUGGUCUUUCCUUGGUAGAAAUGGCGAUAGGAAUGUACCCAAUCCCCCCACCUGACGCUAAUACAUUAGGAGCUAUAUUUGGGCCAUCUCAAGACGAAGAGAAAGAACUUCAUAACCAAGCAUCCCCAGCUCAUGGUAAUGGAAGUGGGCCGAGGCCGAUGGCGAUAUUUGAACUUCUUGACUACAUCGUCAAUGAGCCACCUCCCAAACUACCUCCUGGUAUAUUCUCUGAUAGUUUUACAGAUUUUGUCGACAGGUGUCUUAAAAAAAACCCUGCUGAAAGAGCCGACUUGAAGACAUUAAUGAAUCAUGACUGGGUACGGAAAUCAGAAAGUGAGGAUGUCGAUAUUGCAGGUUGGGUGUGUAAGACAAUGGGCCUCACACCAACGACUCCAACUCGAAUAAUACCGCCCGCAUAACUUUGAAAUUCAAGCUUCAGGGCUGGAACAGACUUGCUGAUAUAUCGCAUACUCAAACAGUAACCUAAGCACCAGAAUUUUUUUUACAUUCCAUUUACAUCAAAGCUAUUUUACCAAUUGUCUAUUUAAAUUUAUGAUUUAAUUUAAAAAUACAAAGAAAGCAGUGUUACGAAUUACAAGUACUCCUUCAAUAUAAAUGAUCUAGUACUUAUAUGAUGUUUAUAUAAUAACAAUUUCAAUGGUUUUGGAGUGAAUACCUUUUGCGAGAAUGGAGAAACUCUUAAACCACGAUCGAUUUCUGUGUGUAAUAUUAAGAAGAGUUGAAGUUCCUAAACUCCUUAAAUGAAUAUUACAUAGAAAGUUAAAUAGGAUGCCAAAGUUUAUGAAAGGAAAUAUUUCAAGUACUGCCAGUCCUGAAACGAAAUAAAUCAGAGUUCAGCUCUCUUUUAUAAACAAAAAGGUGAUCAAAAAUAUUCAGUCUGAAGGAUUAAAAAAAAAAAAAUCAAAACUUCUCGUACGAUUUAGGAAAAUGGUUGAAGAUAGUCUUUUUAAGAACUAGGAAAUGUAAUUGAGAA